AUGUGGAUUCACAUUCCGGUUUUAUUUAAUAAUCUAGUUUCUUAAGAAGUGAAUGGAAAGGAACGGGGGAAAACUGCCUAUAUAGGAACUCCUUUUAAACUACACAAAGACGGCCAGUAAGAAGGGCUGAAAACGAAGCUAUUACAGUGGGGCCAUGUUCGCAGUAAGCACGGCCAUGUUCGCAGUCCGAUAAGCACGACUGGUCUCGGCUGACCCCAGGAUAGUGCCGGGCGGGCAAAGUUUCUGACGGUCGUAGGGACCCGUCACAGCUACAACCCAGAAGCCUAAAUCGUCCGAGUAUUCGACAGUGUGUGACAAUUUCUACGUCUUACAGCGGUCCUCCAUUUGUGACCUAGAUGGUCUUGCACUACUUCGUGUUUCAACUACCAGGAAGGCGGGUAAUAUCACAAUUACGGGCUGUGUUUAUGUGCCGUGUAUACCUGGGGGAUAUGGCGACGUAAACACGCAGUUGGCUUGACAGGGACGAUUCCUCUGACGUGUGUGGACACAGUGACAGCAGCAUGUCGAGGGGACAGUACGCCGCACUCGUCCUCGCCUUCCUCUUCUGUAUUUCAGGGAUUGCACUGAUCGCUAUCAGCAUUGGGACAGAUAACUGGUAUCAUGUGAUGACUGCCCAGGGAGAUGCCACACCCAGCUACCAUUUCGGCUUAUGGCGCAGAUGUUACGACAACACUAUACCUGCAGAAAUUCCUAAGGAAGAUCUGGUGGGCCUAAGCAACAACUGCCUACAUCUAGAACUUGUGAAGGCGCAAGAAUGGCUGUUGGCACCAUCAGAACAGUUACGCAUGCACUUGCUCCGUUCCCACGUGGGACUCAUCUGUACCAGCUGUGUGUUACAAUUCUCCACCCUCAUCAUUCUCAUCCUGGGACUCUGGCCGUCAGGGUCAUGUGGUUGUAAAUCUUUUCGACAGUCUGUAGUAUACCUGGGCACAGGAUUACUCAGUCUACUCUCAACCAUUGCGGGAAUGGCAGGUGGGAUCUGUUUCAUAGCUCUCCGAGAUCUGGAGGAGGAGUCACGUGACACAUACAGGAAGUCCGACUUGCGCUAUUAUGAUUGGUCAUUUGUGUUGUCAUGGGUUUCCACGGGUCUUUGCCUGUGUCAAAGUGCAAUUUUCUUAUUCCUGUACCGCUUUGCUUAUGACAAAAGUGACUAUUAUUACUAUUCAGACAAGCAAUACCGGCUGUGAACAUGUUGGAGGCGCAAUUCUCAGUGAUGUUUCAAUUCUAUGCGUGGGAUCGUGGGUUUCCCCCGGGAUUUGCUCCCAAAAAUAAUGCUGGCCGCCUUUGUGUGAGUGAAAUAUUCUUGAGUACGGCGUAAAACACCAGUUAAAUAAGUAAAUAAAUCAAUAAAUUCUAUGAAAUUAAAAUUCAUUUACGCUCCCUAGAAAUGUCGUAUAGUGUCAUCAUCUAGAAUGGCAUUUUAGUUCAACAUCUGACAUGUGGUACCUCGCUCAGGCUGCUAUCAGGUGACGCAGCAUGUCGGUGCGCCUGGAGAACUGAGCCGGGUUUACCUUCAAACUGUACAGUGUUACCAGUCAUUUAUCAUCAAGAUUCUCUGACAUUUGCUCACUGUCUCAUGAUAUGUAUUUUUGUUUUCAAUUGACUGUGUCCGUAUUACGAAAACUGAUUCAUCAAUAGCCAUACAAUAUCAAAAAUGUUGUUGAGAGCUGAAACGGCAAAAUUACUUAACAUAGGCUAGGCCUACUACAGGCCUGUGCGUGGUGCAUGAGCAUAUGCAUGUACAUAGGUGGUAUUUUGACAUCGAUGAAUCUCGAAUAUAUAUACAUAUAUAGUUUCAUGAUUUAUUCUUUUUUUAUUUUAUUUUUUCAUCGCACAACAUUAGUGUUAAUAUAUAAAUGGUUUUAAAAACUGUGGUUCAGGUUGGGCUGUGUUGUUAUGUUGGAAGGGAGGUAACUCUCAUAUAACUUGAAUCGUAUGUCAAUAAAUGCCCAGCGCCAUGUUCAGGGCUACCUGAAAAACAAAAAAUAAAAAAGUGAUGUCGAGUACUUGGCUAUCUUCCUCCGAUACUGUGUUUAUUAUGAUGUUCGGUAAAGUAGGCCUACAGUUUGUUUUUUUCAAAUACAUAGUAUUCUAUAAAUUUUGGCAACCAGUGGAUUUUGUGCUAAAUUUGUAAAUAAAAU